UAUGACUCUGCAGCAAAUGUGCACAACGCUGUUCCUCUUAUUCUAUUUCUCGUGUUCAGUGACACUUGCAGGUAGGAUCAUUGGGGGUCAGGAGGUAGAGCCGUAUUCGAUCAAAUAUCAGGCCUCCCUGCAAACUGAGAACGGGGAGCACUACUGUGGAGGAACCCUGGUGCACCGGCAGUGGGUGGUGUCUGCCGCCCACUGCUGGAGACCGAGCCAUUUGCUGAGGGUGGUGUUGAGUGAGCACAGCCUGACCAAAACAGAGGGAUUUGAACAGAGCUUCAACGUGUCAAAGAUAUAUCUCCAUAACUACAACUACAAGACAUUCAACAAUGACAUCAUGCUUAUUAAGCUAAGUCAGCCGGCGCAGCUGAACGCCAACGUCCAGCCGGUGAAGCUGCCCGAUGAAAACACCUCUCCAGUGAGGGGGGGUGUCUGCACGGUGAGCGGCUGGGGUGUGACACAGAUUUAUAGUUACACUCUCUCCCCCGAGCUGCGGGCCGUGGACGUGAGGGAGAUGUCGUACUGCAGCUGGUACUACUGGGGCAGGAUCACCGAAAACAUGAUGUGUGCUGGAUCUCCAUACGGUGGAAAAGAUUCUUGUCAGGGCGACUCUGGCGGCCCCCUCGUCUGCAGCGGCUACUUUGAGGGCAUCGUGUCCUGGGGUAUCAGCUGUGCAAAUCCCUACUACCCCGGUGUCUACACCAAAGUGAGGCGCUACGUUGACUGGAUCAACUGGAUCAUUAACAAGGAUUCAAAUCAAUUUUAUUAUUGAUUAUCUAAUAUCUAAUACAACAAAAGUUGUCUCUAGGUGCUUUCCAGAGACCCAGAACAUGAUUCACCAUAAAUGUUGGACAACAAUUUUAAUUUACAUCAAAAACAGCUAAUUCAAUGUUUUACCCUUGUAUACGCUGUAGUAUUCAGUAUAACUGUAGCUAUUUAGUUUACCGGUAGUUGUAAUUUAUAACAUUAGUAUUUAGUCAUUUCUGAAUACAAAACAAAAA